AUGCUGUCUCAAAUCACGAAAAGCACAGCGAGCCACAACUCCAGAUCUCUCAGCAGGCUAUUCACUGAUACAGAUGAACUAACAGAUGAUGAGUUGAUCAAACAAGUCAACGAGUUGAAAAAGCAAAUAAAGAUCUUGACGCUAGAGAAUGAGAUCAUAGAAAGGACUAUAAUGAGAGUGGAGCCGUCAUUAAUGCACGGAGUACAACAAGCGUUGGAAUACGCACUGAAACUUCAGAGCAAUUCGUCGCUAAACGUCGGAAGUUUCGUCAGAUCACAAGCCUCUAGAGUCGGAGGUUUAGACUCUUUUAACAGCCCAUCCAGGACUCUAGCCUUUUCCAGUCCAUCUAGAAUCUCGACAAGGAAAUUCGACACGUCAUCAGCAAAACUAGGAGGUACCAUAAUCUUCGGAUCAGGCCCCCGGGUGAAUGUUAUAGAAAGAUCUGAACUUGUAACCGUUGAGAUGGAAAUACUGAUUAAUAAUCUUGAAAACGCUAGGAUGAAGGCGGCUAGGAAACACGCGCUCCUCAAAGCAGAGAUUGAAGAAAUAAAAUUGCGCGAAGCUGAUAUUGACAAAGCCAGUGUCAUGUUUAAUCAAGAAGUUAUAGUAGGAGGUUGGGACAAAAUCGCUCAAAGGAUCCCAGCCGAAAUUUGGAUACGAUUUAUGACUGAAUGGGUGAAAAUAUGCGACAGCAAAAUAGGGAAACUUCGGCUGAGGACGAGCACUUUAAACACACAGUACAGUAAAUUGAACGGACAGAUUCGAGUCAAAACAGAACUGAGCGAGAGUCUGCGCGCGGUUGACUUUGAAAAGUUGAAAAUUGAGAACGGUGAGAGUGAGAAACUAAUUGAUUACAAAAUGCAGCAGCUAAUCGAACUGAAGAAGAUGACGGGCGAUGCUAACCUGACACUGACGAUACACAAGAAAGCAAUGAUGGACCAGAACAAUUAUUUGAGUAAUAUAAUUAAAUCUAUAAAGACUAGGGAGAAAUUGAUAGUUGAAUUGGACAAAGAGCGGGAUAAAAUUCAGGUGCAGGCAGAUAGCUUGGAUUUGAAAUUGAGUGAAGUGAAAAAGGUGCGUUUGGCUUAUGAGGUGCCAGAUGUGAUGGAUUACGUCAAGGUAAAGGCUGAAGUGGCGGAUUUGAAGCAUUCAGUCAAGGUUCUGGAGAACAGGGUGCACAUUUAUCAGAUAGCGUUGGCGUCUUUGAACAAACAGCUGAUGUCGUUGUCCAGUCGAGCGAAUAAUGGUUAA